AUGUCCUUCUGGUACUUGGAUGAGUAUCCCACCACACUGGAGGGCGGUUCAGAAAAAAUUCAGGAAUUUAAGGAAAAUCCAUUCUAUUCGUUCAAGUUGCUGGUUCGAAUUGGAAACUCACUAGCAGCCGCUAACGUUACUUGCCGUUCUGAAGAUGGUUGGUUUCCUCAAUGGACGGACAGUUUCCACAUCAACGUUUGCAGAAGACGGUAUGCUGAGAUUGCAGAUGACUUUGCCGCGGGAAAACUGGCAGAAUAUAAUUUCAACUUGCCCCUAUCAUUGGAUGAGACUUUAAUUUUAGCAGACGCCGCGAGACUUGUGGAACGCUUCGACGUUAAUAUUGAAUUCCUUUCAUUGGCAGUUAAGAAAACUGGGUCAUCUGACCUUAAGGCGGAGAUAGAGAGAACUCUUGCCGAUUCUAUAGAUGAUCACAACAAGUUGUGGAUGGAACUAGCAAACGAGGAAGACAUCGACCGUAUCGGAUUAUUUGCGGAAAUUGUUACACAUGUGGAACCGCUGGAGCUCCCGCCAGCAAUAAUCCACAGAGUCCGACAAUCCGCCGCAGAUGGUUUCCUUGACAAAUAUCCAGAAUUGAAUAUGUACAACCUAUGUACUGCAGAACUGUCCAAGUUGAAAUGCUGGUACGAAACGUCUCAGACUCACCCCUACUUUAUCAUUUCGCCCCUAAAAAUCGAGCAAAUUUCGACAAACCGUCGCGCCAAUGCGCGUAUAAUUCACGGUGCGAUCGGCGAAAAGCGCAUUGCGACUUUGCUCGAUGUGACCAAAGGGGAAAUGAAACAAGCGAACAUCAAGGAUUUCGAUACUAACGUUGACUCCGUUAGUCCAAAAAGAACUUCGAUACAGAUUAAACUCCCAGAUGAGUACAGCGACUUUCUACGCCCUUUAUACGAAGAAGUUGGAGCAUUGCUUGAUCAUAACUUUUUGACGAAAUGGAUGAGUGGAGAUUUAUACAUUUCUGAGUACUGUUACCUGGGAGCGCACUUCGAUCUGCAUUAUGAUAUUGAUGUGGGAGAUUCCACCAAAGAUACGCCCAGUUCGUACGAAAGACUGGCAACCUUAAUGAUAUAUUUAACCGAUGUUCCCUUGGGGGGUAAAACUGUGUUUCCUGAUCUCGGCGUGGCCGUGCAGCCGAGUCGAGGGGCUGCCUUGAUUUGGAACAAUCUCAGUAAACAGGAUGGAUCUCCGGUUAUGGAGAGUAUCCAUGAAUUAUCGGAUUAG